GCUGUCCAACUUGUCCGUACAAGUACUUUGGCUUGUGCCUCUCUGGGUGUUUACUCAUAGAAAGGAAUCAUAUGUGAAAAGCAUGAACACCCCAACCAGCACCAAAAUCCGUUUGGUCGUCUUUGACCUUGACGGUGUUCUGUUCUCGUCGAAGGACCUGCACUAUGUGGCUCUCAAUCGAGCGUUGGAGAUCGUCGGCCCCAAGUAUGUGAUCAAUUAUGAGGACCAUUUGGCCCACUUUGACGGCCUUCCCACUAAAACGAAGCUGGAUAAGCUCACUACUGAGCGGGGAUUGCCGGUGUCGAAACAUGGAAUGAUCUGGGAUCUGAAGCAACAGAAAACUUUCGAAGUGAUUGCUGAUACGUUUCAACCCGACGUUCGACUUCGAGCCGUUUUGCAAGGCCUCAAGGAUGCUGGGUAUCUCAUCUACUGCGGUUCCAACAGUAUUUAUAAGACCAUUGAGCUCAUGCUCCGCAAGAAAAAUGUCCUCGAUCUCUUUGACGCGAUCAUUAGCUGUGAAGAUGUUACGCAACCCAAACCGAGUCCGGCCAUUUACCUAUGUGCGUGUCUGCGGGCCGGAGUCUCUCCAAAGGAAACUAUCAUCCUGGAAGAUUCUCAGGUCGGACGCAAGUCUGCUCUUCUUUCCGGAUGUCACCUCCUUCCAGUUGAUGUUCCUGAAAACGUUACACUAAAGAGUAUCCUCAAUGCAAUUGGUGCUAUUAACCGGUCCCAAGAAAAUCAAGUUAUGCGGGUGAAAUGGCGGAGCCCCUUGAACGUGGUCAUUCCUAUGAACAAGAGGGUGACACGCGUUGAGCGCUCCACUUUUGAAUCAUGUGUCGGCUCUGAAAGCGGGCCUCGGGUCACGACGAAAGAGGACCCAACCACUACAUGCCCCUCGUACUUGGCCCUGGUCAACGGCUGUCCUGUGCUCCAGCUGGCAGUCGAGAGUCUGCACGUAGACGCAAAUUUCAUCUUUGUAGUUCCACGCCGGGAUUAUGAAGAAUAUCACUUAAAGUACCUUUUGGCCGUACUGAAACCCAACUGCAAGGUGCUCGUGGCUGAAGAAGAGACUCUGGGACAAGCAGCCUCGGUGCUCUUAGCGAAACAGUACAUAAAUGAUUCCACUCCACUCCUCAUUGCCAACUGUACCCAACUCCUGGACUGGGACUCGCAUACCUUCUUAUAUCUCAUGGAUGAACCGGGAGUACAAGGCGGGAUAGCAACCGUGGUUCGUUCCGAUCCUCGUUAUUCAUACGUAAAUGUGAACGAGAAGGGGUGGAUCGUGGAUGUUGCAGAGAAGCGAGUGAUCUCCGACAUUGCCACUGCCGGUGUUUAUUAUUGGCGGAGUGGAUCCGACUUCGUCAAAUACUCAGAAGAGAUGAUGCGGGACCCCAAAAACAUGGUCGACGGAGCGUACUACGUGAGUACAGCGUACAAAGGAGCUGUCAUCGACGGAAUGCACUUCAAAGCUGUCCCAUGUAAUGGGUACUGGCCUUUGGGCCUCCCGGAGGAUGUGGAAGCUUACCUGAAACAGACCAAUACGGAAGAAUGACCAGAGAUGCAGGACAACGUCGAAAGCCUGUAAUUUGUAGCUCUGCUUGGAUGGGGCGUCUUGAUUAUCGCCAUGCAGUGUUGUUUAUUGAACUUAGCGCCUGGAACACUGAUUUCCCCGGUAGAAAUCACUUCUGAGAGCAAGGUUAUGCCCAUGUACAAACAAAAUAUAACUAAAUAGAGGAAUGUCUACAUAAGCACUUUUAAUAAUAUCUUGGAAGUGUAUCACAGA